GAAGGAAGAUGAAACCACACCAGGCAGGUAUCUCCCAGACCUGAGUCAUUUGUCAUUUGGCGUUUUUACAACCCAGUCAAGAAGCUACUUGUCUAUAGUGUAAAGGAUAACACCGAUGACUGUGAUGGCCACCAACUUUCUAUUGGCACUUCUAGCAGUUGAACUAUCUAUGGCCAUCUGUUGCCCGCCGAAGAACCACUGCGCCGACGACGUCUGUCACAACACCGGCUUCUGUAAACAUGGAUGCGAAGAAGGCUGGAACGGACCGAAAUGUGACACCCAGACUGUGUGUCCAAACUGUCAAUGGGGGCACUGCAACAAGGCGAGAGCGUGCACCAGCGGCUGCCUCGCUGGUUUCUAUGGUGACACGUGCAACAAGACAUGUCACGAGCACUGUAAAAAUAAAUGUGACUUCAAGACCGGUGUCUGCUUGGGAGGCUGUACACCAGGAUGGUAUGGACCAUACUGCGGAAACAAAUGUGGAGAAGGUUGUAUCCAAAACUCGUGUCAUCGGUGGCACGGCAAGUGUCAGUGCCGCUCUGGAUGGUUCACAGAACGUUGUAACCAGGAAUGCUUUGGUUGUCUCGGUAGGGUCUGUGAUCAUCACGACGGUAGGUGCAGGAGAGGAUGUAGAAGUGGCUGGACAGGGGCCGCGUGUUCUACCAACAUGUGCGUGAACUGUGUCAACAGCGCAUGUCCGUCAUGGACAUCCGGUGCGAGAUGUCAUGGCUGCGUUUCCGGUUACCGUGGUCGAACGUGUGAAGUAAAAUGUGCCGACAACUGUGCCAUCUGUUCACAAUUCGGCAACACGUGUCGUGAGUGUAAACUGGGGUCAUCUUGUAACACCGUGUCAACAACCAAAGUUUCGUCAACCGUUACCAGUUACGGGGUCUCCAGCAGCAACAACACAGUGACGUCAGAGAGUAAGACUCCAGUUCCCAACACGGGACGUUCAAAUGUGGUCCAACAUGAAGCAACAGGGUGGGAUGCAUACUCCUCUUCCGCGAUCAGAAGGACUAGUUUCAUUUUCGCUUGUAUCCUCUUGGCCUUUGGACUGUUUCUCACAGCAUGGUGUGCCCAGCAAACGUGGUAUGUUGGAUGUUUAAAUAAAGAGAGACUAUCGCAGAUGAAACCAAAUAAACGAACGGGUUUGGAUUAUAUCUACUCUGUGAAUAACGCACAAAGGCAUUCUCAAUCCGGAUUAACGCAUUUACAUGAGGCUGACGUCUACUAUGACGUCAUCCACACCAGUCUUGGUGACAUCAGAACCCAGCGUGAUGGACGUUACCGAGACAUCCCAGUUCGUUAUGAGUCUUUGAGAUACACGCACAGUAUCAAUGAUAAUGACCUGCAAUAAAACUGGUCAUUGUAGUUUUGAAUGUGAAUGUGGUUUAUAUUGCAUGUAAGAUUCUUUCACUUGAAUUGUUACGUUAAUGCAUACAGGUAUCCCGGUUAUAUUGUGACAGCUCAUGAUCACUGACAUACCAUGCCGCAGUUUAACACGGAUACCCUACUAACUCACAUUAUACUACUCCGAGACUACGAGUCCUUGUUUUAUCCGCUUAAUGCCGAUUUCCCGGCACGAUAGGAUACCAACAAUUUACGGGAUUCAACCAGGGUCCUUUCACUCUUCGGGCUGACACUCU